AUGGUCUGUGUGCUCGUGCACAAUGACCUCUGGGAGGCCAAAGACAUGGUCAGAGCCCAGGAGAGGGUCAUGGGGAGGGCGCUGAGGGGUCAGCCCCGGGGCCCCAGCCCAGACCAGGGGGUUCCAGUGAAGGAGGAGCCUGGUUGCCCUGUUCGGGGGGAGCGAGGCUGGGCUUCUACAGGAGCCAGGAGAAGGCCCGGGAGGCUGGACUUCCACAGGGGCCAGGAGAAGGCCCGGGAGGCUGGGCUUCCACAGGGGCCAGGAGAAGGCCCGGGAGGCUGGACUUCCACAGGGGCCAGGAGAAGGCCCGGGAGGCUGGGCUUCCACAGGGGCCAGGAGAAGGCCCGGGAGGCUGGGCUUCCACAGGGGCCAGGAGAAGGCCCGGGAGGCUGGACUUCCACAGGGGCCAGGAGAAGGCCUGGGAGGCUGGGCUUCCACAGGAGCCAGGAGAAGGCCCGGGAGGCUGGACUUCCACAGGUGCCAGGAGAAGGCCCGGAAGGCUGGACUUCCACAGGAGCCAGGAGAAUGCCCGGGAGGCUGGACUUCCACAGGGGCCAGGAGAAGGCCCGGGAGGCUGGGCUUCCACAGGGGCCAGGAGAAGGCCCGGGAGGCUGGACUUCCACAGGGGCCAGGAGAAGGCCCGGGAGGCUGGACUUCCACAGGAGCCAGGAGAAGGCCCGGGAGGCUGGACUUCUACAGGAGCCAGGAGAAGGCCCGGGAGGCUGGGCUUCCACAGGGGCCAGGAGAAGGCCCGGGAGGCUGGACUUCCACAGGAGCCAGGAGAAGGCCCGGGAGGCUGGACUUCUACAGGAGCCAGGAGAAGGCCCGGGAGGCUGGACUUCCACAGGGGCCAGGAGAAGGCCCGGGAGGCUGGACUUCCACAGGAGCCAGGAGAAGGCCCGGGAGGCUGGACUUCUACAGGAGCCAGGAGAAGGCCCGGGAGGCUGGGCUUCCACAGGGGCCAGGAGAAGGCCCGGGAGGCUGGACUUCCACAGGUGCCAGGAGAAGGCCCGGGAGGCUGGACUUCCACAGGAGCCAGGAGAAGGCCCGGGAGGCUGGACUUCCACAGGUGCCAGGAGAAGGCCCGGGAGGCUGGACUUCCACAGGAGCCAGGAGAAGGCCCGGGAGGCUGGACUUCCACAGGUGUCAGGAGAAGGCCCGGGAGGCUGGGCUUCCACAGGGGCCAGGAGAAGGCCCGGGAGGCUGGGCUUCCACAGGGGCCAGGAGAAGGCCCGGGAGGCUGGACUUCCACAGGGGCCAGGAGAAGGCCCGGGAGGCUGGAGUGCAUAA